AUGCCCAUGCUCGCAGAGUGUGAAAGGAUCCUCGGCGAUGGUCUGUUACGACUGCCACAGCAGCACGGCUACCGAUAUGGCCCGCAGGCCGAGAGGGAUUUGCUAGAGCUUCUUUUCCGGUCGCUCGUGGGACACAAUGAGGAACUGAUACACCACCUAUUUCCUGAUGGUGCCCCGACAGGUUCCUGGAAACUUGCCGAGUCCCAGGGUGCUCGCGAGGGAGCAGAGUACAGCGAGGCCGCGCGGGGCAAGCGAUGCGGACAUAUUUUCCGUGCUGGCGAGGCUACCUAUCGUUGUUUGACCUGCGCCUCGGACGACACUUGUGUACUGUGCAGCCGCUGCUUCGAUUCGUCCGAUCACUCCGGCCAUCAAUAUCAAAUUUCUCUAUCUUCGGGGAACUGCGGUUGCUGUGAUUGCGGUGAUGACGAGGCCUGGCGAUUACCGCUCUGUUGCGCGAUUCAUACGGACAAUGACAACGAGGAAGAAAAGGAGCGCAAAAAGAUUGAGCUUCCAUCCGAACUCCUGUCUUCGAUUCGGCUGACCAUUUCCCGCGUGUUGGACUACUUCUGUGAUGUCAUUUCUUGCUCCCCGGAGCAAUUGCGUCUGCCGAAAACCGUGGAAGGAAUCAAAGCGGAUGAAGAAGCUUCGCGGUUGCGUCCAAACUGGUAUGGUGCCGGUGACCUAGAAGAAGAAGAACCUGAAUUUGCUCUAUUACUAUGGAACGAUGAAAAACAUACCAUUCGCGAUGUGUCCAACCAGGUCACGCGUGCAUGCCGUGAGCGCGAGAGCUUCGGUAUCGCACGCGCCCAUGAGACGAAUGACAUUGGCCGUAGUGUCAUCAAGUACUCGAAGGAUUUGCAGAAGCUACUCGGCGUGUCGCGCGUCAUAGAACAGAUAAAGGUUACGGUCACUGUGCGUUCUGCCCGAGACACGUUCCGUGAACAAAUGUGUGGAACUAUAGUUGAAUGGCUCGCCGAUAUUGCCGGCUGCAGCAUUCUGGAGGACAACGAAAUCUUCCGACAGGCUAUUUGCGAAGAACUCCUCAGUCCAUGGCGGAAGGGAAGUGGCGGUUGUAAUGAAGAUAUCGGCAUGAAGGGUAUCGAUGACCAUGAGAUUGCGGAACAUGCUAGACGCCGCCCUGUCCUACUUUCGCUACCAAAUCACGGACAAAUCGUGGUGCAGGUUAAUGAAGCUGUGGAUGACGGUAUCGAUGAUGAUGACGAUGAUGAGAAUGGCCCAGACGAAGAUGACGAGGACUAUGUGGAGGCCCAUGAUGAUGCAGAUGACGAGGACGAUGAUAUGGAGCUUACGCUCGCCCAUCUUCAAGACCCUGGAGAUGAUGAUGGUGAUAUGGAUAUGGACGGGACUGUCAUUGACGAAGAAGAGCUGGCUCUCGCAGAGCGGAUUCUGGCCGACCUAGCCCGUGGAGGACGAGCUCCUCUUCGCGCGGCAACCCAAGAGCUGGAUGAGACACCAGAUCAACCGCCCAACCCCAACAGCUAUGUCCCUAUUCCGCGAACACCUUCACACGUGGUUAGGCCUAAGCCCGGAGGAACGGAGAGCCACUGGCAAGUGCAGCCUCCGACACAUGCUCCUGGGGAGAAGGUUGCUGCUUAUGAAGAUUUGUGGCAGCGCACCCGUCUGGAUUGGCUCGUGCUCUAUGAUCUGAGGUUGUGGAAGAAGACUCGAACUGAUCUUCGCGACCUCUAUAUCAGCACAGUUGUCAAUGUGCCACAAUUCAAGCGCAUCAUGGGUCUUCGUCUUUCUGCACUCUAUACAGCGCUAGCUCAGCUUUAUCUUAUUGCAGACAGAGAGCCGGACCACUCUAUUGUCAACCUUUCCCUACAACUUUUGACCACUCCGUCUAUCACGGAGGAAAUCGUCCUCCGCGGGAACUUCCUCACUAAAGUCAUGUCUAUUUUAUACACCUUCUUGACCACCAGACAGGUUGAAGAACCACACGCUGUCAACCCCAAUGCAACUUUAGCGUUUGAUGCCGGCUCGGUCACGAACAGACGUCUCUAUCAUUUCUUCCUCGAUCUUCGCUACCUCCUCCAGUCCGAAUAUGUACAGCACCGCGUUCGCACUGAGGAGCAAUAUCUCCCCCAAUUCCUCGAUCUCGUCAAACUUUCACAGGGUAUUUGUCCCAAUGUGCGUGCGGUGGGUGAACAUGUGGAAUAUGAAACCGAUGCCUGGAUCAGCGCCUCCAUUCUCAUGCGCGAAAUCAACCGCCUCUGUCAACAGUUCUGCGAAGCUUUCCGGAGCCCUGAGAUUGACAAUGGCGAGAAUCUGUUACGCGCAAUCAAGACUACUACUAUUACUGCGGUCCUACACUCAGCUGGUGUUGAGCGCAAGCGCUUCGACCAAGCAGAAAUCAAAGAAGAGAUCCGAUUCAAAACGUUGCAGCCAUUUGACUUCGAGGUUGGUGCGUCCGGUCAAGUUCCCUGCCACCGGGUUGUCGAAUUUGUUGUCGAGAAGGGAUCUAUUAGUUUCCACCACGCAAUUCACUACACCCUGUCAUGGCUGGUCGAGUGCGGUCGAGGAAUCAGUAGCGACGUGAUGCGUCGCACUCUCUUCGAAGCUGCAGAGGCUGCCAGAGAACAUCUUCAUGCUGCCAAGGUCGCCAACAACCAGUCCAUCGACGAUAGUCUCCUCGCCCUUGGGCCAGAAGAUCUCCUUUUGAUCAUGAUUGAUUACCCGCUUAGAGUAUGUGCUUGGCUUGCACAGAUGAAGGCCGGUAUGUGGGUUCGCAAUGGACUCAGCCUUCGGCACCAGAUGUCCCAGUAUCGCGGUGUUUCAUCUCGCAACUUCGCCUAUUACCGGGAUAUCUUCCUUCUCCAAACUGCGUUGGUGACCUGCGACCCCAGCAGAGUCCUUGCCUCCAUCGCGCAUCGAUUCGGAAUCGUUGACUGGAUGUUCCGCAAUUAUGUUCCCCGGCCUGGCUACGAGGAUUCUCAAAUCAUCGACGUUGCCGAGGAGUUUGUUCAUCUCCUAGUUAUCCUCUUAACUGAUCGAACCUCUGUCUCUGCAAUUGAUGACGACAUUCACACGACAAAGGAAACAAUCAGUCGCGACAUUGCCCACGUCUUGUGCUUCAAGCCCCUGUCGUUCUCCGAUCUCUCUACUCGCCUGAACGAUAAGCUACAAGACUCGGAUAUGUUCCAAGGUGUACUAGAAGAAGUCACCCAUUUCCACUUCCCCGAGGGUGUCAAUGACUCUGGCAAGUUCGAGUUGAAAAAGGAGUAUCUGGAUCUAGUAGACCCUUAUAGUACCCACUUCUCAAAGAACCAGCGCGAUGAAGCGGAAAAUAUUUAUAAGGAGUGGAUGGCCAAGAAGACCGGUAAGAACGCGUCCGACAUUGUCUUUGAGCCUAAGCUUCGACCCAUCAGCUCUGGCGUUUUCUCCGAUCUUCCUCGAUUUACCGGAACUAUGUUGUUUGCGCAGAUUGUGCACCAAUGCCUGGAAUAUGUGCUUGUGUCCCAACAAAGCACACCUUCCAUCCCGCCCACGCGCGUGGAAACUUUCCUCCAGGUUCUAUUGCAUCUCAUUCUUGCAUCGGUGCUUGAGGAUGAUCCUCGGGAUGGUGACAUGGAAACAGAACAAGGGCGAUCGUUCAACCUUCAUGCUCUCACCAAGACGAGAGAGAUUGCCGCUGGUAAUUUGACUAUUGUGGGUCUUCUUGAGAAGAUCUCUGUCACAGGCGAAUUUGCUUCGUGUGGACCUAAGAUCCGUCAUAUCCUCAAGCGACUGUGGCAAAAGUCACCACGAACCUACGCGACUGCAACGGCUUCCCUAAAAUUCCCCUUUGAUCGCAUCGAUACAAACUCUCCAGCCAUCGACAUCGACAAUGAAAAGGAAGCUAAGAGGAAACAUGCUGCUGCGCGAAAUGCAAAGGUCAUGGCGCAAUUCCAACAGCAACAGCAAAGCUUCUUGGAGAAGCAAGGCGAUAUCGAUUGGGGUGAGGAGGAAUUCAGUGACCUUGAGUCUGAUGAGGCUUCUCAUGAAACCAAAACCUGGAAAUACCCCAGCGGUACCUGUCUCUUGUGCCAGGAGAGGUGUCAAGAAGAAACGGCUGAUUCCCGACUAUACGGUACUUUCGCAAUGAUCCAAGACAGUACAAUCUUGCGACAGACCGAUAUCAGAGAUUCAGACAGAAUCCGUGAAGCCCUCAAAACUCCCGCAAGCCUUGACAGGUCUGCUGAAGACAUUCGACCCUUUGGCGUUGCCGGCGAAAAUCGAACCGAGAUACGCCGUCUUGAUUCUGCUGGUGGUACUGUUAUUAGUAACAAGGUCGGAUUGAGCAAAGGCUUCAACCCCCGAAAUACCUUGCGAGGACCUGUGACUACAGGAUGUGGUCAUAUUAUGCAUUUCUCAUGCUUCGAUGCCUACAACAACGCGACGCAACGACGCCAAAACCAGCAAAUCGCCCGCCAACAUCCCGAAAACAUUGUGCUGAAGGAAUUUGUUUGCCCCUUGUGCAAGGCUCUCGGCAAUGCAUUCCUCCCGAUCAUUUGGAAGGGCAAAGAAGAGUCUUACCCUGGUGCUCUAAACACUUCCUCGUCCUUUGAUGAACUGAUGAAUACUGGACUGAAGAUAGCCCUAAGUCAGUCUCAGAAUUAUCCCGUUCUCAUGACCGAGAAGGAAAAGACAUACCAACAGCCAUACUCUGAAUUAUUCAAGGAUUACCUAUCGAAAACAUUGGUCACUCCGCUCUCUUCCAAGAUAUCACAGCUGUUGUCCUCGCCUGCUUUGUCGGGUGGUGUGUCGGGUUAUCUGCAAUCAACUCGGUCGACUAUGCCAGGUCUGUUCCCAGAUACUGAGGACAUGUCACCGUCAAGUCCGCUGCAACAGGCUGUGACCCCUGCUGAUGGACCAAUCUUUGAACUCAUGAAGAUUGUCAGGAGACUCAAGAGUACCAUCCAAAUGAACCAUGUCAACUCCAUAUUCAGCAGCACUCCCGAGAAUAUGAAUUCGGAUGAGCUGGCCCACACAGACUCCUUGAUUCGCAGCUUCGGAUUGAGUAUUGCGGCUGUUGAAAUCGCCCAGCGUGGUGUUCAGUCGGAUCCCGGGUCGACUCUGUUGGAGAGAAUUCCUCCUUUGACACUGACUCAUUUGCGUGUUCUAGCGGAGACUGCACUCACAUAUGCUGCUGUCGCAUGUGUCUCUAGCAACCCGCAAAAGAGCCGCCCGAACAAUGAGUACCAGGAACUGCACAGGCAAAAGAUCUGCCAGUUACUUGUUGGACACCCUUGUCUUAACGGGACUCCACUUCUCAAUGAUGUUAGGAACAUCGAACCCCUACUAGCCAUGGAUACAUUUGUUUUCUUAGCUGAAAGCUCUAUCUCCUUGCUUCCAGUUCUUCACAUCGACGUUCGUCAUCUCAUUCAAAUGUGCUAUGUGGCCGAGAUCGUCAAGGUCGCCGUCACUUUCAUUUUGUGGCCUCUGGGGCUGAAGGAGGAGCUCUCCAAGCAGGACGAGGAUGAUCUGCCUGGCGCAGAUGUCGCCGGCGAGGGCUAUGCAGUUACCAAACACUUCUUCGAUUCCAUUGUGGCUGAGCUUAAGGCAAACUCCGUUGGACGCGCUGAGGGAUCCUCCUUCCCCGCUGAGAGUGGCUACGUCAAGGAUGGUGAAGAGUCAGCGACUCCAAAUGUCAUCAUUGCACUCCGACGCCUCGUUUCCAAUUACGCACUCACGUUCCUGCGCAAGUGCGUAAUCUUGCUUCACGUCCAACAUGGUGUCGAUUUCCCCAACACCGGCUUCAAUGACAUGGAUGCGCCCGAGCUGGAUCGACUCACGAAGGCUCUGCACUUGCCUACCCUGGAUGAAAUCUUCAUGUCCAUCAACCCCGCGCGGACCAGCAAUAACUCCUUCGAUACAGUAAUCUCGGGCUGGAUCUUCCACUGGAACGCAUCUCGCUCGGGUAUUAGAUUCGAAGAUCACCGUCUCUGGCCCAGUCUCCCUCACCCCGCCAUCUUUGAGCUCGUUGGUCUGCCUGAGCACUUUGACAGCCUCAUCGAGGAGGCAAAUCGUCGCCGCUGCCCCAACUCGAAGAAGGAGCUCAGCGACCCGAGCAUCUGUCUUUUCUGUGGAGAUAUCUUCUGCUCGCAGGCAGUAUGCUGCAUGCACAACAAGCUGGGCGGUUGCAACCAGCAUGUCCAGAAGUGCGGCAAGAACAUCGGUCUCUUUAUCAAUAUCCGAAAGUGCACAGUUCUCUACCUCCACAACCAAAACGGAUCCUGGCACACUGCCCCAUACCUGGAUCGACACGGCGAGGUUGACCCCGGCCUCCGCCGCAACCGCCAACUGAUCCUCAACCAAAAGCGAUACGACAAGCUUCUUCGCGACGUCUGGCUUUCACACAGUGUUCCCGCGACUAUCAGCCGUAAACUGGAGUCGGAGAUUAACAAUGGUGGAUGGGAAACGAUUUAA